CAAUUAUUCUUAGAAAUUGACAUACAAUUCCCCCCUCCGAAGAACCGAUGUUAUCAGUUAACCGGAAAAAUAGUAAGGGAAAAAUUUCAAAUAACCUGAAAUCCGUAUGAUUGGAAAAAAUCUGCUGAAAGAAAUCAGUUGAAACAAAUCUGUAAAGUGGGUUUAAACAGGCUAGUAGAAUACAAUAACGUUUAUUCCACCCCAUUACACGCAGAACUUCCAACCUACAACACCAAGUCUUUUAGUUUAAUUUUUAAUUUGUACCAAGUCACAGAAACCGGAACGAGGGGAAAGAACGCUAACUCGGCCGAAGCCUAUUUAGUCAUUGGCCUGAACUGGGAAGUCUGCUCCCGCCACAGGCAGAAUGAAAGUGCCGUUUCCGGGUUUGGCUGGUUUUUUCCCUGAGGUGCCGCGGCUGAAGGGGAAAGGGUGAGAAUGCAGGCGGCAGUUUGGGGUCUGCGCUGCUCCAGUGCUGGGAGGGCUGCGUGGGAGUCGCUGGCUAGUGGCUGAGGAGCCCCCGCCCUGUCUUCGGCCAGCUUUCGCAGACGCGGCCCGGUCAUGGUGGCCCCCCGCGAGCGCUUUGGACUCCUGGUCUUGUUUCUUUGGGUUUGGAGAUCUGCUGAAACAGAAGUGAUUGGCAUAAUAGGAAGCAGUAUUGAAUUGCAGUGCUCUUAUCCAGAAGAAGAAUCCUUAAACUACAAUAGGAAUAGAAUAUCAUGGCAAAUAAAAGACAGGUUUUCAUGCUUUGUAGCUGGUUAUUUUCCUAAUGAAAAUAUGGAAGCGCACCAGUGUGAAGAAUUCAAACGACGGACUCUAUUAAAUGAGCCAAAACAAGGCAGUGCUUCUUUGCAGUUGUCAAACAUCAGGAUAGCAGAUGAAUUUAUCUAUCAGUGCAUAAUACAGAAAAAAAUAAAUGGACAGUUUAAACUCAUUCAUAAUGAAUCCAUAUCUCUCAAAGUGGCAGCAAAUUACAGCAAACCAGUAAUAACAGGUCCUGUGCAGCUCGGAGAAGAAAUAAUGUUUAUGUGCAAUUCAAGCCAUGGCUAUCCAGAGCAAAGGCUUUAUUGGAUAAAUGAAAUGGACAACAGCACCAUGAACAUAACUGUGCAGUUCACCAAAGAGCUUGAUGGGUCUUUCAGUGUGUUCAGUACAUUGAAGAUGAAAGUAGCUUCUGAUAUAAAGUUAGGGUGUACAAUUGAACAUAAGCAACUGCAUCAAAAUAUUACUACCACAAUUGAUUUAACGAAUUCAUCAAACAGCCCUAUAAUUUAUAACAAAUAUCAUGAAAGAGCUGCAGCCUUCAGCAUUCCAAUUGCUGUUCUCAUACUUUUUAUUGCAUGCAUAAGCUGGAAAACAUAUAAGCAUUUUCUUCAAACAACAUAUACUGCUCCUGUGGAAGCAGUAAAUUUCCAGGGGCCAUAGGUUCCCUGGGAACAUAUCAGAUGACACUGCAGCCCAACCUUGACGAAUUCCUUUACGUAAUGGACAUAGUGUGGUUUAUGAAACUAAAAACUGAACGUUCCCUGCAAAUAACAAAGUUCUAAUGAAAUUUGGCUGAAAAUCAACUGAAGUCAACUUUCAGCUGCGUCUACAAUGGAUUGGAGAUAAAGGCAAACUUCUAAAUAUGGUUUUUGACAUGUAAAGUUUUUGGAUCCCUGUAUUUUGUGUUGGUUUUAAGCCGUUAGUGUUCGGAGUCAACGGUGGGCAAUCUCAGCCUUUGCAGCAUAAGGUCCAAAUUUUGAUUGCUUUCUUAUGCUCAUUGGAUGCCCCUCUUAAUUAGAGAAUCUAAAGACCAUAUUGGAGAUUUCACGGGCUUACAUGCGCUACAAACAUUGUAAAUUAUGAAUGGCACCACUGUUACCGAUUAUCUGGCAGAGGUCUCUGAUUGAGUUGGCCAUAUCUGAUUGACUAUAUUGCCACAUCAAGAAAUCUGCUUCUCAGUUCUCCAGUUCUAUAUUGUAUCAUCCCAAGAGUGAUCACUGUCCCAACAAAUUGCUUUUGGAGUCACCGUUUUGGAUAUACAACCUAUUCCAUCUAAAAAUUUCCUAGAACAAAUACAAACACAAUUGACAAGUCAGAUUAAGGACAAAGGAACCCAAAUGCUCUCUCAAUGAGCCACUUCCACUGCGCAGAGCUGUUCUACAUCAGUGUUCCCUAAUUUUUCCCAGUUGGCAGCCUGGCACCGGGGGGGGGGGGGAAGAGGGGAUGGUUUUGUGCAAGGCGAAUGUGUACACCUGCCAUAAGCUUGAGGGGGGCUGCAAGCGCCAGUACAUGCUGCCAGCACGGGGGGACUAUGAGUGCCGGUGCACAUUGUGGGCUGCAAGUGCCGGCAUACUCUGCUUGCAUGAUGUAGGCUGUGUAUGUGCCCACCACUCACAUGGCCCAGUUGCGAAUAUAGGCCGCAGCCGGAGGUUGGAGACCUGUUCUAGAAAAUAGGUCCCCCAUCAAACUUUGCCAUUUUACAUUCAUCUAGUUCAACUUUGUCAGCCAAUUCUCUCUACUAGUCCAUCCAGUGAUAACAAGAAUCAGCACUCUUUUAACCAACUUUGGCUUGAUAAUAUGGGCCACGCAGCCAAGAAACAACUAUUUUCCUGCUUUAAAGGAAUAUUAAAAAAGGAUCCUCUCCUACUCAGGACCUGCUUAGGACCUGCUCCUCUUCAAGAAGAAAUAUAAACAAUUAUUGUAGACAAAGAAGGUAGUCUUGUAUCUCUUGGAAUCUUGGAGUCUUGGAAUAAAGUAAUUUUUGUUACUCA